AUGAUCACAAUUUCAGUACUGAAUGAAACAAGGAAAAAGCGCUUACCUUCAAACCCGGAUAUUGUAGCAGCAAAUCAAGAUUGCAAAAAUCAUGGUUGUCGAAGCUACAGUUAUUAUCAAAACAGACGAAAUCAAAUCACAAGAAAUGCAGCUGAGACCAAAAAUAUCGCAACAUCUUCUACGAAAAGUGAUGUCAAACAAACUGGUCAGGAAUGCAAUGAGCGUAAUGGCUCCUCUAGUCAAGAUAGAAAGUCGUCAAACCAGGAAGCCUCUUCUUCUGCAGUCGUGGAAACGCAAUCAAUCAACGAAAUGCAGGAGUUAUCGGAGUUAACGCAGCAAUCAACGACAAUGGAAACUGAUGAAGAAUCAGUAGGAACAAGUGGAGUAAAAGGCAAUCGUAGCGUCAAGCGAAAAGCAGAAACCUGUGUUCCAGCAGAACAACCGACAGAAGAGAAAAAAUCAAAGCAUUCUCGGGAUACAACUUCGACUGCCUCGCAAAGCUGUUCAUCUGCAUUAAAAGUAUUUUUUGACUUCUUUCGUUUCUUCGUGCUAUAUGAUGGUAUGCUCAUGAUUUAUGAUUUGCCUUAUGCAUUUAUUGUUGAACGAUCAUUCUCAGAUUUCAGCGCUCAGGUGAAUGGUGAUGAAUGUUUUAAACCUUCUGCUACAGUUUCAAUGAAAUCUCUAGCAGACAGAACUGUACGUGAUUUUGUAAUUGCUUUGGAUAAAUGGACGGAAAGAAAAUGUGCUACAUGUAAUAUACGACUUACUUCCUUCACUUUGUCUGAGCAGCAGGCGCAGUUGUGCUGUGAAAUUUGUAAUGCAUUAAUGAUUUCACAGCAAGACAUGUCACUGGCAUCAGAAUCAGUUAUCAAUAAGCGGGGUCAUGGAAGAGCUGGUAGGAGACGAAAACAGGCAUCUUCGUUCGGUAGAAACAGAAAUAGGGAUGAUUCAGGAGAAAAUACUCAAUUCAGCAAAGCUGUGGAUACUGAAAAUCAUGAUUGCUGUCAGCUAUCAGCGAGGACACAGGAGCAUAGUGAUAGCGAAGUACUGGAAAUAUUGGAGCAUGAUGGAGGUGAUAGCAAGAUGCAAGCACAGAAAUCUCGCAAAGAUAUUGAAGCAGUGUAUACUCUACAAAUGGAUGAAGACAAUGGGGCAGUACAGUCACAAGAAGUUAAUCAGCUUGAUAAGACAUUACGAACGCAAGAAGUUAGUGGAAAUAGUGAAUCAUUACAAGCACAUAAUGAAAAUAAUGAAACAGUGUGUUCGGGCCUGAAAUCAACCGAGAAUCCUUCCUCUAAUAUGGAAGAAGCAGUGAAGAGAAGUGAUGAAGUAGAAGUAUCGGAAGAACAUGGAACAAUUAAAGAGGAAUCGCCAUUACAUGCUGUUACACCACCUUAUUACUCAAACGACUGUGCUGUAAAUGAUCUGAUGAUGAAUAAAAAUUUUAAUGCAGGUAUUCCAGCUGAAUAUUUGAUGACUGAGGAAAACUUGCUUCGUCAAGAUGAAUUAGCCUCAUCAACGUCCUCAUUGUGUGGCAUGCAAUCUUCAUAUUUGAAAGAAGCACAAACAGUCAGCGUUUCAAAUGUUCCGCUUGAACCAAAAAUGAAAACUGAGCCUUGGCUACCAUCUAUUGCUAGUCUUGAUCUUCAAUCUCAGCAACUUCCAAUUGCAACAACAGCUCCAACUGUUACUACAGCUAUAACAGAAGCUGAAGCUGAUAUGGAAACUAGAACUGUUACUACGACUACAAAUGCAAGUGAAUCUGUCAUUUCGAUAGGAACUGAAGCUGGAGUUGUGACUUCUAGUCAGUUUCAAGACCUAACCCAGUUUGUUACAUUUGUAAUAUAUGAAAUGGAGCAAAUUAUUCGUUUGAAUCAGUUACAGAUAUCAGGUGCACAGCCGUUUGGCUUAACUUUCGCACCACCAUCACAAUUAUCAACUAUUAACUACAAUAUGCCACAGCAAAACAACCCACUAUUUGUUCAGCCAAUUCGGCCUUCUGCGUUUGUUCCAACCGUCCCAAAUCAAAGUGCCCAGCCGAUUUAUGGAGGUGGAUCACAGUUCCAAGCAGGAUGGGAAGGGGCGCUACAGAAUCUCACUUAUUACAAUACCACUAAUUCUGCUGUCCCUUACAAUCCGGUCUUUAAUGGAACACUCUUCACACCUUCCUAUGCAAACCAGCAACAACUGUUACUACAACCAGGAACAUUUUGGCAAAGUUCAUUUCAAGCUCAAAAUAAUUUGGAGCUAACACAACACAAUCUGAGGAACAUUCAUUGUUGUUGUAGCCAUGCUAACACAGUGAAUGUUCCUCAGAUUCAUACAACUUUUGGUCAUCAGCUGAUUCCAUCAGAACAAAGUUUAAGAAUGCCUAUGCAUGGAAUGGUACCGGGCCUUCAAGGAAACUCACAAGAAGCACAAAAUUUCCAGAAUCUGCUGUCACACUUAUCUUUAAUACCUAGAACCCUUUUCAGUUUGUUCCCACAUGGUACAUCAAGGAAUUAG